UUACUUUCCUUGGAUCUUUUUUGUUUUGGUCAAUUUGUGAUUCUAUUGUUUUUUGUUUUCUUUUGGUCUCUCACCAUAGAUUUUGGAUUAUCUUCCAUUUUCUUUCUCUCUCUCACACUCUCUUUAUCUUCUUGCUCUAGUUUCUCUAGUAGAUGUUUAGUAAUAGAUGAGUGAUUAUGGAUCUAAUUAUGUUACCAGUGAACGAAAUCGACGUUGGCUUCCCUCGAAGCCUUGGAACCGGCAGCCGCUCUCACCGACGAUUCCUGUAGCUAAGCUACGGUUAUACAAAGAUUUAGCUCUAAGAGUUUUAUCUAAAUCAUUAACUGAAUUACCAUCUCAAUACUAUUACAGGCAUUUGGCCUUGUCAAACAAUUCAUCUUCAGCCUUAUCUUCAUCAUCAAGGGCUCCAUCAUCCAUCUCUGCUUAUCGACCCUCGUCUGUGGUUUCAUAUUCAUCUUCAGCUCCAAUGGAUCAAGUCACACUUUCUUAUCCAGGGACACCAACCAAAUCUUACGGGUACAUUCAACAGCAACAACAUUUAGCAACAUUGGCCUCGAGUUAUGGACGUCCAAGUUCAGUAAAUCUCCACACUCAUCCAUCCAGUCGAUAUUCACCUGAUCCUUACCUUCAGUAUACAAUAGGAAGUGGAAGUGGCACUUGGUCAUUAGGUUCACAUAGACAAUCAUCAUCCCAUUCGGAUCGUCAUUACCCAAUAUCACCAUCGACGAUUGCUCGUCGCAAUGUGACACUUCCUGUUACUCACAAUUCCUCGUCAUCAUUGACAAAUCGUUCAUCGGCUCUUCCAGGAAUCACUGUAUCUCAUCGUUCACCAGAGCCUUAUGGAGCAACAACAACGACAUCGAAUACGGGUGAGUCUUCACUUCGUGAGCAAAUAAAAAAUGGCCUCAAAUAUUUUGCCGAUGAACGUAAACGUCUUCGUCAAUACCAACAACAGCAGCAACAACACUAUAACGAUAACCUUUAUCAUUCCGAUCACGAUUUAAGAUACAUUCAAACUAACCUUUCCUCACCUUAUAACCUUAAUUCUGGCGGUGUUUAUGGUCAAGGGUCAAUGUUGACCCCUUCGGUUCCUACUCAAUCUAUCCUUAGGUCACAGGGUAUGAUCGCGGGCGCUUAUCCUCGAACUCGACAACAUCGAUCAGAAAGUGAUCUUGACGCUUUAUUUAACCUUUACUCUCAUGUACCAGAUCCCGUUAUAGAGAGACGACCAUUACCCGGUGUCUCGAGGGUCGGUGGGAUUCCGUACACUGAUACAUCGCUACAAAUAGCGUCCAAUCCUUAUCUUCAACGAAAUGCCUCAUUCCCGUCAAUACCUUUACCUGGUUCAAUGGUUUAUAAUAACACUUAUGGUUCACCUUAUUCCGGACAAAUUGAAUCUCAUGUUCACCAACCUCAAGCCUCUUAUUAUAAUCAACAUCAUCUUCACCCUUCAUAUCAACAACAACACUUACAAUCUAUUGAACAGCAACGUUAUGCUCAAUCAAAUCCAUACACAAUUCACCCUGGUUAUGGAUCAGCGACUCACAAUCGUUACAGUCGUUCCUUAGAUCGUUAUUACAAUUAACGCUUUAAUCCUCACCGAUCCUCAUCGGCUAUUCUCAUAGCUCGACAAGCAUUAUCGGCAGCGUACAUUGAGGUGAAAUCAAACAUGGCUACAUCAGCUUCUCCAUAAUGAUUAAGAGCAAAAUUAGGAGUAUCCAAGCCUGAAAAGAGACAAAUUAACAUUUUCAUCAGAAUUGAUUGUUACCAAUAACAUUGAGAAUUGACCAGGAAAAAAAAGAUUGUCCAAAUCAUUGCACAAACACUUGAUGGAUAAAUAAAUUGCUUAAUUUACUCUCAAAUUGUAAUAAUAAACCAAUCAACAGAUCAACAGAUCAAUUCAUCUAAUCAACACUAAAACAAUGACCUGAUUCAUUUCAAGUUUUGUUCUGUUUUUAAAUGAAAUCU